ACUAAUUCAAUCAUGACGCUUGGUGAUUUUUAUGCAAGUUUGUGGAAAUUGAAAUUAUAAAAAAUCGAAUCAGAGAUGAUUCUUUCAGUGUGCUUAUUCAAAUAGAAAUGAAAGACAAUUCUUUAGAAAAAUGACAGUAUUGUUAAGGAGAUAUUUGGUUAGAUAAUAGACGAUAAAUCGGGGAGAGGCAGCGGACUGCAGCAAUGACCCUGCAGCGGGCAGUGUGCGGCACUGCGGCGGCAGUGGCCUCCCGCCGACUGGGGACGCGACUGCUGUCGGCGGCGGCGGCGCCCGGCGGACCCCUGGCCGUGUACCAGCGCCGGCUGGCCGACGGCUCCCUGUACGCCGACGAGUACCAGGCGGCCAUCGUGAAGCGGCUCGACCAGAUUCACCGCAGCCUGGACGGCUACUCGCCGCCGCGCCGCUCGCUCCUGUCGCGGCUCUUCUCGCUGGGCGCGUCGUCAAGUCGACGGCCGCGCGGCCUCUACCUCUGGGGUACCGUCGGCACCGGCAAGACGAUGCUGAUGGACCUGUUCCACGACUGCGUGGACACGCCACACAAGCGGCGCGUGCACUUCAACGCCUUCAUGCUGGACGUGCACCGGAGAAUCCACGAGGCCAAACAGCGCGCGGCGAUUCAGAGCAGCGACACCAAGCCGCGCGCGUUCGACCCGAUCCGACCGGUCGCCGAGGCCAUCGCCGAUGAGGUGUGGCUCAUUUGCUUCGACGAGUUUCAGGUGACCGACAUUGCCGACGCCAUGAUCCUGAAGCGACUGUUCACCUCCCUCUUCUACAACGGCGUGAUUGUGGUGGCGACGAGCAACCGACCGCCGGACGACCUCUACAAGAACGGUCUGCAGCGCGGCAACUUCCUGCCCUUCAUCCCCGUGCUCAAGGAGCACUGCUACGUGGAGUGCCUCGACUCGGGAAUCGACUAUCGGCUCAUGGGAGCUGCCAGCCAGGAGAAAACCUAUUUCCUGAAGAGUGACGGUGACGCCGACUCUGGCCUGCGCCGGCUCUUCAAGGUGCUCUGCGCCCGCGAGACGGACGUGGUGCGGCCCCGGCUGCUGCACGUGCGCGGCCGAGACGUGCAGUUUGAGCGUACGUGCGGCCAGGUGGCCGACUGCACCUUCUCCGAGCUCUGUGACCGGCCGCUGGGAGCCGCCGACUACCUGACAAUGGCGCAGUUCUUCCACACGGUCAUCAUCAGAGACGUUCCGCAGCUCAACACCAAGAAGCGGGCGCAGGCGCGGCGCUUCAUCACGCUGAUGGACACGCUGUAUGACCACCAUGUGCGUGUCGUCAUCAGCGCAGACGUGCCGCUCAAGGAACUUUUCACCGCCGAUAAAGACAUGGACGUGGACGACGACAAACGGGCACUCAUGGACGACCUGAAGCUGACCAAUGACUCGCUCACCGAGGCCAGCAUCUUCACCGGCGAGGAGGAGCUGUUUGCGUUCGAGCGCACUGUGUCGCGCCUGGCUGAGAUGCAGACGGCCGACUACUGGUCACGCUGGGAGCAGACCGCAGCCUGAUGUCGGCCGCCGCCGCUCCGCCGCCCGCCGAGAGUCACACCGAGCCACCCACCGAAGUCAGUCCACUCCAACUGGGACAGUGGGACCCGCGCCGGCUUCAGGGGACUGCUGUCAGAGCACGCUAGUAUGCUUGGAGCUCGCUGCAAUCGAUUCGCCAGCCUCAGCUCGUUGCAUUCGGUCCAACUGUGAUCCGGGACGGGUAAAGGUGGUAUUUAUUAGUGGCUGACUUCUGGGGCGGUGGGAUUCAAGGCGGUUAGGUGGAUGUGGCUGUCCUAGUUCAAUUUCACCAACAUAUAGGGUGUUCACUAAAAAAUGGGACAAUAUUCUGUGCGCUGUCAGUUGAAAGUGCGUCUGGAUAGAUUACUGCAUUUUAGUGCACGUGGAAAAUACAACAUUUUUAACACAUGACCGCGCUUGAAUUCAUUUUUGAUCAGCCCCCAGACAAAAUGGACGGGUUAACAGGCAGACAGCGAAGGGAGCUCAUUGGCACCUUUUAUAAAGAGCACUGGUCCAAAGGGAAGUCAUUUACUUACAAACACUUCCAAAAGAUGGGAAUUUCGAAAACAACACUGUAUCGCGUCAUGGAAAAGCUUGAUACAGGGGACUCCCUUAGCAGGAAGCCGGGAAGUGGUCGGAAGGCGAAAAAAAUGACCCCAAAAGAGAUCUUAAACCUACAAAGGUACAUGAAGGAACACAUCGGCGCCUCACAGCGAAAGGCUGCACGGAAGUUUGGUGUAAGCCUCAGCUACAUCAGCAAAAUACUUAGCACUAAGACGAAGUUACGCUACAGACGCCGAAAGCGUGUUCCGGCGGCCACAGAGGACCAAAAAAUAAAGCAGAAGACCAGGUGUGGCAAGCUUCGAAGGAGCGCUAUGAAGCCCACCAACAAAACUCAAAUUAUCAUGGACGAUGAGUCAUAUUUCCCUAUGAAAGGUCACAGUCAGCCGGGAAAAGUUGGAUUUUAUACAGAUGAUGCAUCUGGAGCCGGGGAUGGUGUGCGGUUCGCCACAGUGGAGAAGUUCACGCCAAAAGUCAUGGUUUGGGUGGCCUUUUCUGAACACGGGCUGAGCAAGCCCUUCAUCAUGGAGAGUGGCGCAAUGAACGCCUACGUCUACCGCACCCAAUGCCUACCGAGGCUCAAGGAGUUUGUAGAUGCCAACUACCGUGGUAAAAAGUUUAUUUUCUGGCCAGAUCUCGCUCCGGCGCAUUACCAGAAGGACGUCCUUGCCACCCUCGAAGAGCUGAAAAUACCUGUUGUGGCUAAGGAGGAUAACCCACCAGCCGCACCACAAAUCCGCCCCAUCGAACGACUUUGGGCUCUUCUGAAGUCACGUGUGUACGCUGGUGGUUAUGAAGCAGAGACCAAGAAGCAGCUGACCAAGCGAAUCCGCCGCCAAAUGGCUGCCAUUACGGCGGACACGUGCCAAAAGCUAUGGAGGCGCACGCGGACAAAGAUCCGCUUUGUGGCAGACAAGGGGAACACAGGCCUUCGAGAGCUGUAGAGUUCGAAAGAGGAGAAGAAGGAUAAUGUAGUGGUGCUGAACUUGUUUCACUGGCGUGAUUUUUUCACGAAAUACACACGAAACAAAUUUGUCCCAUUUUUUAGUGAACACCCGGUAGACCUCUUGGAGGUCUGCAAUACAAAUAGAAUCGCUAGUUGUUGACUAAGUGCUGUUACGAGCGGGUGAGACUUGUUGGUUGGGACACGCAGCUGGUGUGUGUCGUUUUUAUGCUGGUGGGCACCAUUGUGGUGCAGUACGCUUGUAUGCUGGUUGUUGUUGACUUGUGAUUGGAAAUUGAAUUAUAUAUUUGCAUUUUUA